GAACCACAGUCAGUCGAUCGGCGCGCGUCGUGUCAUACGGAGGGGGUGUGAGCGUCCCGCACACAGAACGUCAAAUCUCAGAGCAACGAACUAUCGAUCAAUCUUACCACGUGUUUAUUGCCGCUACUAUAACGAUACCUGCGUGAAGUUUCAUCAUUUGUUCACAUCAUCAAUAUCAAUUUCACAAACAUCUAUUUUCAAAUCGGGUUUUGCACGGCAAAACAAAAGGAGACAUAAUGUUAACGUCUAUAUUCGAGUUGCACGGCCGGUUCUGCGCCACUCAUCCCUUGGAGGUGAUCGUGGCGACCUUCACUUUGACUGCAUGCAUGCUCAACAUGGAGACCGGAAUUGGACGGGCGAACGAAGAAGGCCUAUCCGAUGCCAUGCAUUGUACGCACAACAAAUGCAACACCACGCAGGACCUAAAAGCAGCAGACAUUGUAUUGAUGACGAUAAUACGUUGCUUGGCGAUACUAUUCACUUAUUAUCAUUUCCGCAAUUUACAAAGAAUGGGAUCUAAAUACAUUUUAGGUAUCGCCGGCCUAUUUAGUGUAUUUUCUAGCGUGGUAUUUACUACCAGCGUGGUAAAUUUCAGCCGCAGCGACGUCGCGGAUUUGAAAGACGCCUUAUUCUUCUUUCUACUUCUCAUUGACCUUUCCAAGGCUGCAACGUUGGCGCAAUGCGCACUAAACUCGCGAAAUCAAGAAGAAGUUAAAGCGAACAUUGCACGUGGUAUGUCUUUGCUGGGACCGACCAUCACCUUGGACACUCUUGUGGAAACCCUUCUGAUUAGUAUAGGAUCUCUAUCAGGUGUCAGGAGAUUGGAAAUUCUUUGCACCAUCGCGUGUCUUGGGGUGAUAGUCAACUAUAUCGUCUUUAUGACAUUUUAUCCGGCAUGUUUGUCACUUAUAUUAGAGCUUUCUCGAAAUAACAAUAUGGGCCGACUGGGCGCAGACAGGAUAUUCAUAAUGCAGUCGUUAAACGAAGAAGAUCAGAAGCCGAAUCCCGUAGUGGAACGAGUCAAGAUGAUCAUGAUAGGUGGUCUAUUUAUAGUGCACGCCAAUAGCCGCUGGUCUCUUAAGGCUGAGAAAGGUGAAUACAUGGCGGAAAUGACGACGACAUCCGCAAAUUCAAAUGUGUUAAACGGUUCCGAUCAUAACGAAAACUCCACAGAAGAUGAAUCUCUGAUGAGUUGGUUGUUGCCCAGUGCAGAAUACGUUGUGAUAUUAAUUCUGUUACUGGCGCUGACCAUAAAGUUCAUCUUUUGCGAAGAUAGAAGCGACAUAGUUGCUAGACGAUUAAGAUUCCAGGAGGAAGAAACAGAAGGGACAGCGGAAGAAAGAGAAAUUCAUGAUGGCUCUAACAGUCCAGAUACUACAACUAUGAACAUGUCGCUGCAACAACGAUUCGGCAUUCCAACGCUAUCGACGAUCCAACAGCCGAUCUUUCCUUUAUCUGGCGUGGGCGGCGGAUGGAUCGAGGUCGACAACGAUACCAAUGUCGAAUGUAUUGACAGGGAGGUGCAAACUGAUAUGACGUAUCACGACGAGUCGAUUGACGAGAAAGAUUUAUUACUGCAAAGAUUUAAAGUUCCUAGAAGUAUAGAAGACUGUCUCGAAAUAUAUAAGUCUGAGCUCGGAGCUAACGCGUUAACGGACGAAGAGGUGAUACAACUAGUAAAACACAAGCACAUAGCUGCGUAUCAGUUGGAAAAAGCAGUAGGAGACAUGGAACGCGGUGUUGGCAUCAGACGUCUUAUUAUAAACGCCGCCGGCAAGUUCACCAAAGAGAUGGACGAUUUGCCAUACAAGAAUUACGAUUAUAAUAAAGUACUGGGUUCUUGUUGUGAGAACGUAAUCGGUUAUUUGCCGGUGCCAGUUGGUAUCGCCGGGCCAUUACUGAUAGAUGGUCAACUAUAUUAUGUCCCGAUGGCUACGACUGAGGGUUGUCUAGUAGCAUCCACGAAUCGUGGUAGCCGCGCACUCAUCAAAUGCGGCGUGACCAGUCGCAUAGUUGCUGAUGGCAUGACGCGCGGACCGGUGGUGCGAUUCCCAAACAUUGUACGCGCAAGUGAAGCGAUGAUAUGGAUGCAACAAUCAGAGAACUUUCAGGAGAUGAAGAGGAGCUUUGAUCAGACCAGUCGCUUCGCUCGUUUGACGAAGAUCCAUGUGCUAAUUGCGGGCCGACAUUUGUUUAUACGUUUUGUCGCUAAAACUGGUGAUGCAAUGGGUAUGAACAUGUUGUCAAAAGGUACAGAGAAAUCCUUGCAUACGGUGCAGACUUACUUUCCGGACAUGGAGAUAGUCUCCCUCAGCGGGAACUUUUGCACGGACAAGAAACCCGCAGCUGUAAAUUGGAUAGAAGGUAGAGGCAAAAGUGUGGUAUGCGAAGCGACCGUACCCGCGGAUAUCGUGACUAAGGUGUUAAAAACGUCGGUGCAUUCAAUGGUCGACGUCAACAUCAGCAAAAAUAUGAUCGGCUCUGCCAUGGCAGGUAGUAUAGGCGGUUUCAACGCUCAUGCCGCUAAUGUCGUUACCGCGAUCUUUAUCGCUACCGGGCAAGAUCCUGCACAGACUGUUGGUAGCAGUAACUGCAUGACGUUGAUGGAACCGUCGGGUCCCGAGGGUCAAGAUCUGUACGUAUCCUGCACGAUGCCCAGCAUAGAGAUCGGCACGGUGGGCGGUGGUACUGGUCUGCCAGCACAAGGCGCAUGUUUAGCGAUGUUGGGAGUAAAAGGCGCGCAUCUUGAGGAACCUGGUGAGAAUGCCAGCAAACUCGCCCGAAUCAUUUGCGCUACUGUACUAGCUGGCGAGUUAUCCUUAAUAGCCGCAUUAGCAGCUGGACAAUUGGUCAAGAGCCAUUUAAAGCAUAACAGGUCAAACAUACAAGUUAAUGACUCGAUAACUACAACUCACAGUAAUAAUAACGAUGUAAAAUCCUCGGUGACUACAACUCACAGAAAUGACAACGGUGUAAGAUUAACUGUGCCAAGUGUUUUAUCAUCGUCGCAAGAUCUUUGCACUGACUUCGCCCAUAAAUCUUAACGUUAAGUAGACUGUGUGUUCCCGUAAUUUCAAACUAAAACAAACUAUGAUCCGCGCAUUGUUUCGCAUCUGCCUCAUUAGUAUCCCAAAGAAAUUAUUUAAGAAUGCAUGUUCUGCUGUACACGAUAAGAUGUAGGUCGAACUAUAAUAGAUAUUAUAAUAUGUAUA